GUCGAAUCCAAUCCACGUUCCCAAUAGCAAAAGGCGAGGUCCUUGAAUUGUAGCACUCUCCAUGGAUGAGUUUUGUGGAGACAGCAUUAGCACAGACUACAGAUGGCUUGGACACUCUCACCAAGACAGUCAUCCGUCUGCUGGAGACAGUACGAAUUUUGAGUCGAGUUCAAAUGAUUUCAUGGACUCUACAAGGAUGGAAAAGCUGAGAAAAGUCGCAGAAAUGCUAGACAGUCUAGAUGACCAGCGGAUGAACGGAAUUCUGAAUUCGGCUCAGUCCAAUGGUACAGCUCAUCAGCUUUCUUCUUUCCAAAUCCAGGAAUCACCUACUCGCCGGAAAGCUGCUGAAGUUGUUUCCCCAGCGACGUCCCACGAGACGCACACGAAUUCCGCGUCCGGUUCGAAUUCCCUGCAACGACAUUCUGUACCGGCACAAGAACGAACACUCUCAUUCGUUAGCACUCCAUCUAAGUCUUCUGCUUCGUUUGCUGAGGAGGCGACUAAAAACUACAGCGCAGAUUAUGACGCUUCCCUUCCACCCGAGAAAAGAAGCCUCGACGAAGAAUACUCGGGGUUUCAGAGUAUUCUCGGACAAACCAACCCUUCCUUCAAUCCCACCUACGAUACCCACAUGCCUUCCACCCAGGUUCGUUCGGAAAGCCGAACAACUUCGAAUACGUUGCCUACACAGGAACCUGCUGGAAUAAAACAAAAUAUGGGCGCAAAAGCACCCACUACGCCCAACUGUCUUCCUUCACGACAGGCGAUUUCCGUUGCGCGGCCAGUUCUUGUCGAAAGCGUUCCAGAGUCGUAUCGUGAUCCACCUUUUGAUGCUUCGCAGCAUCAACGUGUUCAACAAGAACGAGCUCGGCAACCUGAGCAAUCUCAGUUGCACCAUCAACCCCAACCCCAACAGCAGCAGCAGCAGCAACAACAACAUCUCUCACCCCAAGUUCAGCAACUACCUCAACAGUCAUACGCAACACGGCCAGCACAAGUUCCCAUCACACACCGUCAACCAUCAGUCGUAAUGACUGAUCGAGGUCUGCCAACCGCCUACGUUUUCGCCCUCUUUUCCGCUCCGCAAAACGAUAUUGCAGUGCAGGAAUUAACACACGCUUUGGAUGCAUUACGGACAGAAUGCGAACAAAAAAAUCAAACUAUACAAAUGUUGGUUCAUCAGGUUGGUAAGUUUGCUACACAACCGCAGCCUCCGCCCUCUAAUCCUGUUUUCGAAAACCGCAAUAACGCUACGGCCCCUGUACCUGCACCAGCACCCGUUGCAGUUACUCAGCCUGUACAGCAGCAGCCUCAGCAACAAUCACAAGCAACAACCUAUCCCGAGACGACAGAAAAGGAACGGGUGUUCACGAAGGAUCCUUCAGACCACAAUCGAACUUCUACAGCCACCUCGUUUGUUAUGAUUUUGGAACAAUUACAAAAGGAGCUUGCAAAGUCUCAAGCGGAAAUUAGAUGGUUGCAUAAGCAGCGUCAACGCGAGCACGAGGAAUGGGAGCGCCAACAACGGCAACGAGAAAUCAUUCGAGAGCAAAAGGAGUCAAAACCGGCGGCAACCUAUUCCGCACCCAUUCGUCGUACUAGCAAUUCGUUUCCUUCCAAUAUACAAGAAAACGAGUGUUUAAAACCAACUGCACAAAACACUGCAGAUACUUGUGCUUCUUCUACAGCUGCACAAAAAUAUCCAUGGGAACAACAUGUUUCUAAACCACUUACCGAGCAGGAUAUGCCGGAUGCACAACUCCACUUGCCUAACAGUGAGAAGAUAUAUUAUCGCCUUGGGCUUGACAAAAUUGAUCGUCAAUGUAACGUGGAGACGGCAAAUAUGCUGAAAACUGCGCUUGUCCAGCUCGACAUGCCUUUUGACUUGUUUCCCCAAGCUAUCGGACAAGUGCGUCGUCAAUUACAGCAGGGACGGCGCCUUUAUACCUGGGCACAGUCGUUGCAUCGCCAUCUAUACGACGAAGAAAUGUCGCCAGGAUUGGUGUCACGAAAAUGCCUUAUGAACAUGAUGAACGAAAUUACUCAACACUCUACUCUUCCAAAAGCUGCUGUUUCGUCAAAGUCUCGAAACCGGUGAACUAACUCGUAUUAUGCCUCCGUUUCGUGUAUGAAUUCUAAGACUUGUUUUGUUUCUGUAUAUAUGCAUAGUGUACCCAUACGCCUAUGAUACCCGUUACGCUGCAUCCUCAUGUUGAUCUUUUUCUGUACCCUUAAUCUUUUGUCUUCGUUCACUAACCAAAAAAAUACGCGUAUCAUUAAGACUUUAGGAUUGUUUUCGUGGGGUAUUAUGAAGUAGUCUAAUUAAUGCUGGAACCAAAUUCUUCUGGCAAAAAUCAACAGCUGUCCGAGCACCUUUUCUCAUGUACACGGCCCCGAUGAUGGCCAACAUGGUAUCGAAUGUAACACGUUCCAGCCCGGACUGUUUUGUAUCAACUGAAGCUCGUAGUUUUGGGGUUUUCCAACGAAUAACCUGCUGCAGGCCCCACUGUUCGGCCACCUUGUUGAUGUUUUCUGGUCGGCAUGCAUUUUGAAGCCACAUUUCGGAGACUCCUUUCAAUUGAUUUGUUUGUUGUAAUGAGAAAUUGAUGAGACUCAGUUCUAAUGCAUGCCGUCCAAUUGCCCGGAAGCCCUCAUUAUAGGGUGUUUGACCAUGAUUGAAGGAUUUGUGUGUCAGAAGCUGCAAAUUUAAUUCAUCACUUUCAAAGUAAUUAUCUGUCUUGAAUAGUUUCUUAUAAAACUCUGAAACCUGAGAGGGUUCGGGCGCGUACGUUAUGCUAUCUCCAGCGGAACUGUCACCGGUUGACAUGCUACGAUAGAUGAGCGACCUGUUCAAGCCAUAAUUAUGUGUACAGAACCUAACCAGGCGCAACGAUCUGGAUGUGACGCGUCCGUUCAUUUGGACAAGUUACAGCUAGUGACAACAACAACAAUUUCUUGCUGCCUGUGUUCGGCGUGCCCAAUACCUACAGUUUAUGGUGGUAGUGGAGCCUGCACCUCGGUGACAUUUCGGUCAUCAAGUUGCCGAAAAAGUGACCGAAAGCGGGGAUUCCGGAUAUUCUAACGGACAACCUUAUUCUUCAUAGUGUAAUACAAGCGCGUCUGCCAUGUCGCGUCUAC